UAGAAAAGAAUUUCCCACUUACCCAUCUAUCUGUGAAGCUCUUCAGUUGAUUUCGACAUCUUCUCCUCGCUCUGCCAUGCCAUCUCAGAUUGACGACCAAUAAAUUAAUAUUAAUUAAAUUUGAAUUUUUUGGGGGUUUUGUGAAUUUGUCUGGGAGGGAGACGAAUUAAAUAACCAAAAUUAAAUGAAUUUGUCUUUCUGAUGAAUCCUAAAUUGGUUCAUUUCUGCCAUUUUUUUUAUUGAAAUUCGAGUUGAAAUAGGCAGUGGAAAUUGAUUUCUUUUUCGUGUUAAGAGAGGAGAAGAAAUGGUGGUAUCGAUGAUCGGAUUGAAGUCUUGGUUUAACAAGAAAAUCCUCGAUCCUCUCUACCAAAUUCUAAGCAGAGGUAUAGAGCCGAAACAACUGGCAUUCUCUGCAGCUCUUGGAAUUACUAUAGGAAUAUUUCCAAUAUGUGGAGUCACUGUUCUGCUAUGUGGAAUGGCUAUUGCAUUGCUUGGGUCUCUGUGCCAUGCUCCAACUGUACUGUUAGCUAAUUUUGUUGCAACGCCUAUAGAGUUGAGUCUUGUUGUACCCUUCUUGCGCUUUGGUGAAGUUAUCUAUGGUGGACCUCAUUUUCCAUUGACAUCUGAUGCUUUGAAGAAGGUGUUGACCGGACAAGCUUCACAUGAGGUCUUAUUAAGCAUUGCCCAUGCGUUAUUGGGAUGGCUUGUUGCAGCACCCUUUAUUUUGGCUGCGCUCUACAUAAUAUUCUUUCCAUUUUUCAAGGUCAUGGUCCGCAAGUUCAGCCCUGUUCCAUUAAGCCCAAAAAAUUCAUCAAAAUCUUUUACGGAAAUCAGGCUUAAGGUAAGGGAUGUUUGAUUGAAAUUUUGCAAGCACUGAGCUUUCUUAUCUCCCUGACAAGGAAUAGUGGCAAUUAACAUAAUGAUACCUCCUGUACAUAAAAACUUACUGAAACAUGACUUGUAUAUAAAUGUUAUCUUGUUGUAUUCCGUUUGUUCCUUGUAUUUCAUUGAAUAAAGAUUCCAAGCCUUCACUACUGGGAUAUUUCCCAGGAAUA